AUGGAAACCAAGGCUCACGACAAGGAUAGCCUCGCCGCGCAUCUUGAAUUGAAGGAUGAGAAAUCAGCUAAAAAAGUAAUCGAAGAGUCAAAUGUCGACGUAUCCGAUAGGGAGUACAAUAGGAUUUUGCGAAAGGUUGACUACCGUGUCAUUCCUAUCCUCGCUUCUCUUUACCUGCUCAGCUUUUUGGAUAGAGGAAGCAUUGGAAACGCGAAUAUCCAAGGAAUGUCUGAGUCUCUAGGAUUGGUUGGCCAGCAAUACAAUUGGUCGCCCAGCAUUUGGCUGCCGUCGAUUAUGGUAGCCUGGGGUAUUGUGAUGACGCUGACUGGAAUUGUUCAAAACUACUCGGGAUUAUUGGCUGCGAGAUUCUUUCUCGGGCUUACUGAAGCUGGGCUAUUCCCAGGACUUGCUUUCUACAUCUCCAUCUGGUACCCCCGUGCAAAUGCGCAAUUCAGACUCUCUCUUAUAUUCGCCUCUGCGUCAAUGGCAGGCGCUUUCUCUGGUCUGUUGGCAUAUCUGAUCAGCAUGAUGGAUGGAAUUGGUGGACUUGAGGGGUGGCGGUGGAUUUUCAUACUAGAAGGAAUCCUUACGGUUGUGGCUGCUUCAUUCUCUUACCUAUUAGUUUGGGACGAGCCGGCGACUGCGACCUUCCUUACGGAAGAGGAAAAGAAUAUCAUUCUCAAUGCAUUGAACCCCAUUCAGACAGAGGUUUCUAUGAGCCCGCAACUGGGAAGUGAACAGUCGGCCAAAUGGGUGCAUAUCAAAGCCGCGUUAUCUGAUUGGCAGGCGUGCGCUGUUUACGCACUUUCGCUCUUUCUUCCCGCUAUCAUCAAAGGUCUUGGAUACUCGGCGGCCAUUGCUCAGCUCCUCACCAUCCCAGUUUAUGCGGCGGCUACAGUCUCAUGUAUCUUAAUUGGAUACCUUGCGGACAAAACGGGCCAGCGCAGUCUAUUUACUGUUUUAUGCUACGGCGCAAUCGUCGUUGGAUACAUUAUUGCUGUAGCUCCCCCGACCUUCAUGCCCGGUCUUACAUACGCCGGGUGCUUUAUCGCCGCUUGUGGAAUUUACCCCGCUAUACCCGGUCUUCUUGCGUUAUCCUCAAAUAAUUGGGCACCCAAUGCUAAGAGAGCUGUUGGAAUGGCUAUUCAGAUGGGCUUUGGAACUAUGGGUGGGGCCGCUGCGUCUAAUUUCUAUCGCGCUGAGGAUGCCCCGAGAUAUCGCCUAGGCCACAUCUUAGUGCUUGCAUUUGCUGCGAUUGGGUUGGCUACAAUGAUCUUGUAUUAUACAAUUUGUCGGAGGCUGAAUUCCAAGAGGGAGGCAGAGGCGGAUAGUGUCUACCAGUACACUGCUGAGCAAUUGGCAGAGCUGGGUGACAAGGCACCCAGCUUUAGAUACAGACUUUAG